AUGGCUCUGUCGGUCAACAGCCUUGUUGAACAAAUGUCCCAAUUGGAUGCGGCCCGGAAUCUCGUUCUCGGCGAUGCUGCACUCUACCCUCAGAUUGUCCAUGGGAUAAUCCCCAUCAUUGGCCCCAGUUCGCGUCUUGAGUUGCGACGAUGGGGUGCCGAGUUCUUAGCAGAAACAUUUGCGAGCCCCGCAUUCCCGCAGUCGGCGAAACAGAAGCUCUCGACGGAGAUCCUCCAGACGAUACAAGAAUUGUUGGAUAUACAGAAUGAAGAUGCCGCAGUGGUAAAGAGUGUAGUUCAAGUUGCUGCUAGUGUCUAUCCACUCGUGUUCCGACACAUCAUUGAUCACCCUACAGACACCGCCCUUUGGGAGGGAAUGACAGCCAUCAAGCAUAGUAUCCUAAAAAAAUGGGACGGUGCUUCUCCUGGAAUCAAAAUCUGCUGUAUCAAAUUUGCCCAGAAGGUUGUGCAAGCCCAAACUCAAGGAGUCAUUGCUGAUCCAAGGCGACCUGAGAAAAAUGAAAUCUCUCUGGCACUCGUUCCAAGAAACCAUCCUCUUAUACCUCUGCCCAGCCUCGAGGCUGAAGCAUCAGGCCUGCUUGAUAGGCUCUUGAACGUUUUCUCUGAAGGUUCCAAUGACCCAAUAUAUGUAAAUGCGACUUUGAACUGCCUUGCAGUUCUGAUCCGCUCACGUCCAUCAAUAUCAAAUAAAAUAAUCAAUGCUGUGUUGAGCUUCAAUCCGCUUAAACAAACAACUGCGCCAAUAUCUUCUGUGGCAAAAGUUAAUAUUAAAUCGAUGGAGCGAACCACCCGAGCCCUACUUAUCAACUUGAUAAAAAGAAACCCGAGCCAUCCCCUGGUUGGCCGUAUACAGCAGUACAUUGAAAGAAUAGCACAGUCUCGAAAUGAGAUAUUUGAAGAAGCAACUCGAAAACGAGCACUUCCAACAGAGCCAACUGACCUGGUAGACAGUGCCAAACGGGCAAGACUCGGUGUCAGUACGCCGCCGCAACUGCGAGUACCGCCCUUGCCAGCUGGCCCAACCAGUUAUGCACAGCUCUUUACUUUGACUGAGGACGAUGGCUUAACAUCAUUUGAUGUCAAGCAAUUGCCCGCAGAUUUACUGGUUAAAAUAACCGUGCCAGUUUUACAGCGGAUUGAUGCGGAAGCAUUGGACCAAGCCAUAGGUGCCGUCCGAUCUCGCUUUCUCACAAUAUCCAAAAAGCAAGUCUUUGACCACCAGUCCCAGCGAGUACAGCCGCCCGUUGAUGACGAGGAAGAGGACGAGUACGAGCCUGAUUAUGAGCCAAUGGACGUUCCCGCCGCCGCCGUGGCCGAGCAAACCAAAUUGGCUCCUACUCUUACUGAAGGGGCAGAGGUUCCUGCUGAUCUUGUAUCUCUAGGCCCAUUUGCACUCCCAAAGCCGCCUCCCCUAUCGCAUGAAGAGGCCCUGGAUGUUGGACGAGAAGCUGUUGCUAGAGUCUUUACCAUGGCGUCAAGUCUUGACCAACCUUCGAAAGUACCAAAGACCUCUGGACAUGCGCUUGGAUUUGGGCGACUAGCAGCCAGCUCUUUUAAUCGCGAUUCUUGGCUUAUGUUAUUAACUCGACUGGCAACACGUGCGUCUAUAGGCAUCGAAACGGACACUGACGAAGUAAAGAUUGAAAAUGGCCACCAAACCCCUUGGCAGCGACAAACCUUAGGCAAUGGUAUUAGAGAACUUCUCUAUCGAUACGUUUUGGAGGACUUCCGAACACGAAUAAAUGUCGCCAUAUCUUGGAUGAAUGAAGAGUGGUAUAACCAGCAGAUACAGAAGAGGUGCUCCAAAGAGGAAGAUGGGGAUAAUGGCCGUGUUUCAAUACCAACCCAUUAUGAAAUCUGGGCCAUGAAGCUUUUGGAGAGUAUUUUGCCAUAUCUUGACGCUAAAGAUAAGAUUCUUAUCAGAUUUCUGAGUGAAUUGCCGGAAAUAAACACUUCUCUAAUUCAAAAAGUGGUGACACUGGCAAAUGAUCCAGAAAGAGUCAAUCUUUGUGUCCAGGCAUUACACUACCUUGUUCUUGUGCGUCCCCCAGCCAAAGAACUUUGUCUCAAUGCUCUAGAGGGUCUACAUAACAGAGUUGAGGAGUCUCGCCCCUUAACAACAAAGAUUCUACUUAAGUUUCGACCUCAGACACUUGCAGAUCAAUCUAAACCGUUACCGGGAAAUAUUAAGCCACAAAUUCAACAUUCCACUCCAGAUCCUCACCAAGAAUCUUUAACCAACACACCAAGGCCCAUAGCUGGAUAUCCAAUAUCAGGCUUGUCUCAAGGCAACGAUGUUCUGCCAGGUUCUCAGCAAAACUGCCAAUUUAUCCAACCCGAGAAAGGAGAUGCAUCGUCCGGGCAAGGCGUCGCGACUAUUGGGUGGUGA